AUGUUAACUCAGUAUGUUUUUGUACGCAACGAUCUAAAGCAGUACAAUCGUGGACAGUUGAUAGUACAAGGAAUACAUAGCAGUACAGCUGCGCUGUUCAAGUUCAAAGAUCAUCCUGAUACGGUAGGCUACACCAGUGAUUUGGAGAAUAUGACCACCGUGGUACUAAUGGCAGACGAGCACGAACUCAAGGAUGUUGAACAGUUCCUUGCUAAUAAUCGGUAUGAUUAUCAUACAUGGGUUGAAAUGCCCGAAAAUAUCGUUACCUCUGUGGCCAUGCGACCAGUCAAUCUGAGGCACGAUGAAAGACUGAAAGCCUUUCUAUUUAGAUAUAAGCUAUUUAAAUGA